CCACAGGGGGCGCUAGUUGACUCGACUCCAUUUGAAUGCACACAAAGUAAACUGCACGCUCUGGUUGUGGGGCGAAAAAGCUGAAAUCGGAGUAAUAAAAAGCGAGGAACGAUAACGAGAUUCUCCAGAUCGCCGACUUGUCCUGUAAACAGCAUCGUGUGGUGACGUAAAUUUGUUUUGCCAUUUUCGCGGUCGUCUCGUGCAGGUGUUAGAAGCAGCUGUUCUUCAGUUGAAUUACUCUGAUGUGACAGUUGAUAUUAUGGAAACUGCAACACCUGGCACAGAUGUGCAGCCGCUGACGCGCAGUUCGAGCUAUGAAUUCCUGCCACCACACAUGUCUGAGCUGAGGGUUAUUCUGCUGGGGGGCAGAUGGCGUGACAGAAAAUCACUGGGAGACUUAAUACUGGGCGAGGAUGUGUUAAGUCAAUCUGACUAUUACCAUCUCGGAAUGAGUGGAACAGUGGAAGGCAAGAAAAUUGGUGUUAUCAACACUACAGAUCUGGUCUUUCCUAAAAUGGACCAACUGACAGCAUUUGUACAAAACUGUGCAAAAAACUCAGAUCCUGGACCUCAUGUGUUCCUGUUAGUUCUACAACCUGAAGACUUCAAUGAACAACAAAAACAGAUACUCUGCAAAGUCCUUGAAAACUACAGCGAACGAUCAUUUGAUCAUUCAUUGAUAGUCAUAUUAACACCAAAAGAGGAAAGCUCAACCUGGGUGGACAGUUGUAUGCAAACUGAACCAAUAAAAAGCCUGAUCAAGAAAUGUAGGUAUAGAUACUUAUGGCAGAGCAACCUUGGGAGUAGAGAGCUAUUAACACGUCUGGGUCAAAUUGUAAAGGAGCACAAUGGAGAGCAUGUUAUCCAUGAACCAUUUCAAGAAACAACACAGACUUUGCCAGGAAAUCUUAAAAAAACUUGGACUCAUGGACUGGCUUCAAGAUUCCCUCUCUUCGGGAAAAUCUCCUCUCAUCAGAGUUCCAGCCAGCACCAUUUGGGCCUGCAAGUGGAAAGAACAUCAUCAUCAACAUCCGCACAAGAUUUCGGACAGAGGGAAAAGAAUUAUAUGAGGAGUUGUCCAGGAGCCAGCGACCCCUUGCUACAGAAAGACCCGGAAUCAACAGUGUCUGCAUUCAGGAUUGUGCUGCUGGGCAAAAGUGAAGAUAAGAAGACAAAACUUGGUAACUUCAUCAUUGGGUACCAAGGAUUUCACUGCCAAAAACAAUCACCCAUCACGCACUGUGUGGCCUCCUGUGGAGAGUGGAGAGGAAAACUACUGACAGUGGUCAAAACUCCAGACAUGUUCAGUCUGUCUGAGGAGGACAUGAGAAGAGAAGUGAACAGCUGUGUGAGUCUCUGUCAUCCUGGACCAAAUGUUCUGCUGCUGUUGGUGAAACCAUCAAAACUCAGUGAGGAGAAGAGAAAAACUCUGAAGUUCAUCCUGAGCCUGUUUGGUCACAAUGCCUUUAAACACUCGAUGGUCGUCAUCACACAUGAGAAUGAAAUGAGUUCCUCUGUGAAUGAAGUCCUCAGAGAAUGUGGAGGAAGGUACUACAACAUGUCUGAAGAUAACUAUGGAUCGUUAAUGCAGAAGAUUCAGGAAAUGACAAAUCAAUGCAAUCACAGCAUCAAACCAUCUUUAAACCUGGUUCUGUGUGGGAGGAGAGGAGCAGGGAAGACGUCAGCAGCCAAGGCCAUUUUAGGUCAGACUGAGCUUCAUUCAGCCUCCAACUCAUCAGAGUGUGUUAAACAUCAGGGAGAGGUGUGUGGACGUUGGGUUUCCCUGGUGGAGCUGCCUGCCUUGUAUGGAAAACCUCAGGAAGCAGUGAUGGAGGAAUCACUCAGGUGUAUCUCCCUCUGUGAUCCUGAGGGUGUCCAUGCCUUCAUCCUGGUCCUACCUGUGGCUCCCCUCACUGAUGAAGACAAGGGAGAAUUAAAGACCAUCCAGAACACAUUCAGCUCUCGAGUCAAUGACUUCACCAUGAUUCUGUUCACUGUGGACUCAGAUCCUACAGAUCCACCUGUUGGUAACUUUGUAAGCAAAGACCCAAAUAUCCAGGAGGUCUGUCAACGUUAUGGACAAAGGCCUGUUAUUGUUAACAUCAAGGAUAAAGAGCAGAUCCACAAGUUGUUGGACACUGUGGAGCAGAUGAGAUGUACAAACAAACCAUGCUGCUACACAGCUGUAACAUUUGCUCGAGCCCAGAUUGAUCUGAUACCUAAAAAUAUGGUCACUCGUGAUGAAGAGAAGCAGAACACGGAGCCUCUCAGGAUUGUGCUGAUAGGAAAGACCGGCAAUGGAAAGAGCUCAUCAGGAAACACCAUCCUAGGAAAGGAAGUGUUUACAGAAAUGCCAAGUCAAAUAUCAGUCACCAAACAGUGUCAGAAAGCACAGAGUGAGGUGGACGGUCGUCCUGUUGUUGUGGUCGACACUCCUGGUCUGUUUGACACAACUCUGUCACACGAAGAAGUUCAUGAGGAGAUGGUGAAAUGUGUCAGUCUUCUGGCUCCAGGACCACAUGUCUUCCUGCUGGUGUUAAAAAUUGGUCGUCUCACACCAGAGGAGAAGGAGACAUUAAAACUCAUAAAGGAAGGUUUUGGGCCGAAUUCAGAAAAGUUCACCAUCAUUCUUUUCACUGAAGGAGAUAAGCUUAAAAAAAUGUCUAUUAAACAUUAUAUUGAAAGUGGAUGUGAUGAUUCCUUUAAGAAGCUGAUUGCUGACUGUGGAGGAAGAUACCAUGUGUUCAAUAAUGAAGACAAAGAGAACCGCCAACAAGUGACUGAGCUGAUGACAAAUAUUGACACCAUGAUGAAGGAAAAUGGAGGAAACUGCUUCACCAAUGAGAUGCUGGAAGAAGCUGAAGCAGCGAUAAAGAAGGAAAUGAAGAGAAUCCUGAAGGAGAAGGAAGAAGAGAUGAAGAGAGAGAGAGAGGAGCUAGAAAGAAAACAUGAGGAAGAAAUGAAAGCAAUGACAAAAAGAAUGGAAGAAGAGAAGAAAAAACUUCAGCAGGAAAGAGACCAGAAACUCAAGGAGAUGGAGGAAUAUCUAAAUAAGGAGCGUGAAGAGAGGAAGAAAGAACAGGAAGUGAGAGAAAAAGAGAACAGGAAACGGGAAGAGGAGAAAGAAAAACGUAGGCAGGAUUUUAAAAGGCAGCUUGAAAUAUUGGACAAACAAAUUCAGUCAGAAAAAGAAGAAAAGAAAAGGAUUGACAAAAAGCUGGACGAGAGCAGAGAAGAGAUGAAAAGAAAACAAGAAGCCUGGGAGAAAGAACGAAGAGAAGAAAAUGAUCUGCAGCUGCUGAACAGCAGCGACGAUCUGCAGCCUCCAGACAUGUCUGAGAUCAGGGUCGUUCUGCUGGGGAACAGCCAGUCUGAGAGGACCGCUGUGGUGAACUUCAUACUGGAGGUUCCUGUGUUUAGCCCCGAGGAAGAGCCAGACUAUCAGCCGGUCAGAGGACUUCUGAGGGACAAAGAAGUCAUCCUAAUCAACACUCCAGAUCUGCUGCUUCCAAACAUCUCUGAAGAUGAUCUGAGAGAACAUGUAGAAAACUGUGUGAGGCUCACAGCUCCUGGACCUCAUGUGUUCCUUCUGGUCCUGCAGCCUGAAACCUUCACAGAGGAUCACAAGCAGAGACUCUGCAAAGUCCUGAAACUCUUCGGAAAACGAGUGUUUGAUCAUUCGCUGGUUCUGCUGUCAGCAUCCAAAGAGAGGGGCUCGAGUUUCAUGGAAGAGCUCGGGCUCCAUCGUCCCUUAAAAGAUUUGAUCAAAAUGUGCAGUUACAGAUAUUUGUGGAGGAAAAACCUCGAACCUCAAGAGCUCUUCACACGCCUGGUUCAGAUUUUUAAGGAGAACAAUCGAGAGCGUGUGAGAUAUAAAGCACAUAGCUAG